AUGUAAUCAUAACAAGCAUGGCAUGGUUUAAAAUCUUGUAAAUUCAACUAUUCUGAAAAAAUACAUAUAAAACCUUAAGAUUGUAUCACUGAUUUUGCAGGAGGAGAAAUUUAGCAGCCAUUAGGAAGAGUACAUUUUGAUCCAAAAUAUGGAGAUCUUUACACAUGGGUACCUCAUCUCAAAACCAAAAUACCAAGACCUGGAGAUGGUAAAUCAUAAGAAUUUCCUCCUGGAAAAUAAUUUAUUGAACAUCAUCCAUAAGAAAAGAAACCUAGAGCAUAGAGACUUCAUUUGAAAGAAGGAUAGUCUGGACAUAUUGAAGAUGUCCCAUAUGGGAUAAAAACAUUUCCUCCUAUUCAUUGUGAAAAGAGACAUGAGAUUGAAGAAAUGAUGGGAAAAAAGUAAAGAUUGGAAUAUCUCUACUAAAUGAGAAAUGGGUUGCCAGUAGCAGCCUUAGGAGAUAAAAUUUACAAGAACCCAGAAUAUGCAGCAGAUUUUUUCAAGGAGGGAGGCUUAAUUACAGGAUCUAGUAAUAUUUAAAGAAAAGUAAACAUUAACUAAUUGCAUGAAAAAGAGAUGGAAAAAAAGAUAUAAUUAAUACAGUCUAAGAUUAAGAAAGGAACACUUUGGAGUGAUAAAGUAAGGAUGGAUCAGGAUGCAGAAAAAAAAUAGGAUAUUGAAGUAAAUAUAAAACCAUAAUUCAAGGACUUAGAUACAUGGAUAGAGACUACAUUAAAACCUUCUAAUCCUAAUUAUUAAGAUCCUGAUAAAUUUUUUGAGAAUUUAGAAAAACAAUAAGCUUAAGAUCCUAAAAAAGCUCAAGCAAAUUAAAAAAAAACAGGAAAGAAAUGA